CGGCUACAUUCAUGCUGAGUUGGCAAAAAAUACUCUUACACAUGUGUGACCCACACACACAAUCACACACACACACACACACUGACUUAGUCCAAGUCUUCAACUGCAAUAAACAUGUUUACAUCAGAGAAAGCAUUGUUGGGGGAGAUAGCAAAUGAGUUAUCCAGUUGUGGUUGUUGUUCGAGGUGUACCAUGCGAUACCUUGGUGACAAAGACAUGCACACAUACAGAGGCAACUACAAGGAUAUGGCUGAAAUGGUGCAGGACAUCAGAGGCAAAUCUUCUGUCGAGCAGCCAGAUAUAGAUAAAAAUGGGAAAACAGUUGACACUAGUGAAACUACAAAUAAAUGUGACAUAGACUCUCAGAAAAGUGUUUCCAAUUCAACUAACACACCAAUGGAGACAGAUGACAGUUCUAACUGUAAAACUGACAGUGCUUUUGAGCUAAAUGGUAAUGGUGAAGACUGUGAUACCGCAGAUGGCAGUAAAUCAAAUACACAAAGCCACUCUUCAAAUACCAGUUCUGCCUGUGUGAUAUGUCUAGGAAUCCUGGAGCAGUUUGCAGAGGAGAAAUUUCUCAAUAAGAUGAAAGAGGAUAUUGACCUGGAGGGUUUCAAGUACAAAGAGUACAUGUGUUCCCUGAUGGUUCCAGUGUGCAUCAUACUAAGGGAGCGUGCAAUAUUGCUGCAUUUGAAAGAGAAGUUUAGGACAGUUUAUGGUGAUAAGACAGACAUGGACAUAGCCCCCAUUAAGGAUGUAUGGAAGUGGAGGAACGGUCCUCUCCUCACUGAUCUGCUAGGCGCUCCUUUCAGUCCAAAGAGCAUGUUUGAUAUCACAAUGACAUUUGACUACACGGAGUCAAACAAGGAGUGCACUUUUCUCCUGAGUUCCAGCUGCAGUGAGAUGUUUGUGAAGCGCAAACAUGACAGGCGCUUCCGUAAGAAGCUGGCCCAGUCCCUCUACACACGAGCCAAUGUUGGCAAGGCCUUAGACAAACUCUCAGAUGACGAGUUCAGGAAGAGCUACCAGUGUCCUCCACUUGCGCCCAAAGCAGCGAUCUCCUGUGAUAUCAAGUGCCAGAAUGAAAAUGUGUUUGUUGCAGGUCGUUACAACAAGUACAGUCGUGAGUUAAGCCAGACCCCGUGGUUGAUAGACGGUGUUCGGCGAUCCGAGUCUUCUGUGGAGGAGCUGCUUUGUGGACCAAUCAACAAGCACUUCAGGCCAGAUGAACAGAAGUUUUCAUCCUCAGGCCGUGAAGACGUGGAUGUGCGAAUGUUGGGAAAUGGUCGGCCGUUUGUGUUGGAGCUGAUUAACCCUCGAUGUCGAAACUUCUCCUCAGAACAAAUGGCCAAGAUGCAGCAGGACAUAAAUACCUCAACUGAAGACAUCAAAUGCAGAGAUCUUCAGAUUGUACCCAAGGAGGAGACUGAAGUAUUGAAACAGGGUGAAAUAGACAAGGUGAAGUGGUACAGGGCCCUCUGCUGGUCUGAACAGCCUGUCUCCCAACAACAUCUAGAUACACUUAACAGCACCAAGGAAUUGAAGAUAUUGCAGAAGACACCAAUACGCGUCCUACACAGACGGCCUCUAGCUACGCGAGACAAGCUCAUUCACAGCAUGUCAGCGACACGUGUGGAUGACACACACUUUAGUGUAGACCUCUCCACCCAGGCUGGAACCUACAUCAAGGAGUUUGUGCACGGGGACCUGGGUCGCACGAGACCAAACCUUUCCAUCAUCCUUGGCAUUGAUGUUGAUAUACUGGACCUGGAUGUAACGGCUAUUGAACUUGAUUGGCCAAAGGCAGUGGACCAGGACCGAGAACAAGAAUUGCAAAAACCACAGACAGAUACUUGAGGGGGAGAAAGGGCUGCAUCUUAAGAGGUUCAGGCCAAAGAGAAAACCUCCUUUCAUUAUUAUUUGUAUUUGACUGUUAGUGUAUAUAUUUCCUUGAAGGGAAUAAGAAAUGUUAAAUAAUUGCCAAAUACAAGUAAAUGUUGUUCAUCAUGAAAUGUGUUACCAUCAACUUAUAAAGUAUCAUAAAAAAUGUCUAACUUUGUUUCGACUCCAUUGUAUGAUUUUAUGGAUUUUGAAAAAUGCCAUUUAAACUGACAAAAAUCAGAUUGGCCUACACUAGAUGAUACAGCACUGACCAUGUCUUUGUCUGCUACAGUAUUGCCAUAUAGAGACCAAGUUUCCAUUCUUUUCUGGGACCAAUUUCAAAGUAUUGUGUUUUUAAGAAAUAAGUCUUCUUUCUGACCCUCUGACAUACAUAUAUUCAUCCAAAAUAUCAACCAUUUCAAGUUCAUAUUAUAACAGUUGAAUGAAAUGCAACAAUAUUACUCUAGAUUUAUAUAACCGAGCAUUGUCCAUAUAUGUAAACCAGGCUUCUAAAAUCGAAUCUGCUUCCCCCAGUAUUACAAAAUACUCCUUAAUCUCCAUCUCCCUCCUGUUUCCACAUACCACUCUGGUGUUAUUCAAAAUUUUUAAUGUUUUUGAAAAGUGCACUGUUUUACAUGACUGUAUGUUUUAUGUUGAUGUCAACAAUCCCCAAUAUUCUGAAAGAAACGAAAUGAUUGGGCCAACAAUGUACAGCAGUUGUACCUCAGAAAUAAAUUAUUUUAUGUAAAGUUAAUGCCUUCAUUAGAGGUCAUAUAAUAAUAAUAAUAAUAAUAAAAAUAAUCAGAAUGUAUUUUUCUUACAUGCAAGGUCAUUCUCAGUUAAAAUAAGACUUAAGUAUUUUCUUCAUAUUGGAACCAGUUCUUAGAUGGAGACGUACAAUAUUACGAUUUGCAUGUGCUGCAUGGGUAAUGUCCUAUAUGGACUGUAUACUUAACAUACUUUAAGCCAUACCAAAAUACACUCUGGGUAAAGAAAAACGCAACCAAAUAUUGUCAUCUACGGUAUCCAUUAUGUCUGAUCAAUUUAUAAUGUAAAUAUUUAUAUUAUUAGUAAAUCCUAUGCAUCGUUCGAUGGCGUCAUAACACCAAAGCGUUUCAUGUGUCGCUAUCCGUCAAAUUGUGUCAAAAUAAAAGAAAUAUACGUGCACCAAUUACAGGGUGUAAUAAUCCGCUAAUACAAAACUGCUUCUAACGAAAGCCAUACACAAGUUACAGGUUUUUCAUCGAAGUGUUCAUUCAUAAUGAGGUCAUGAGAUAUUGGUGGCUUAUAUACACGGAAACAGACAAUAUAUGGAAGGUGACGAUGAGAGCAUGAGAUAUUAAUGACUGUCAAUAGACCUCUGAGCUUUGGAGCAACAAAAAAAUGCACAAUAAUAUAAGUAGAUCAUUAUCGAAUGGAUAUUUAGACUGGCGCAUAUGAUUUUACACAAUAUGCAAUAUUGCAUUUGAGGACAAACAUUGCUUUAAUUUGCUGAGAUCCAUUUUUAGCUCACCAGAGCACAAAGUGCUCAAGGUGAGCUAUUAUAAUCGGUCUUUGUGAGACGUCCAUCCAUCAGUUAGUCAGUCUGUCCUUCCGUCUGUCCGUCAACAAUUGCUUAAAAAACAUCUCUAAAACUACCUGGCCAAAAUCAAUGAAAAUUCACAGAAAGCUUCCUUGGGUGACCCUCUACAAAAAUACAACAAUGGGUCACGAUUGAUCAACAACAACUACAACAAAAUGGCCAACUUCAUGUUUUGCUUAAAAAAC